UGUAAAGCAUUACUUCGAAUACUUUAUAAUGCGACCCUGACAGACAAUCAGGGCUGUCAUGGAAUCCAAGUCGGUUUUGCUUUUUGUCGGAAUUACAAACCAAUAUUGGUUUCAUUUGGUGUCAUGAAACCGGAUUGGUUUUGCUCUUUUCGAACAUAAACAAAACCGAUGUUCGAAUCAGCUGUUUUGCUCAUUUGUGUGCAUGGCGGCAAUUUGAAUGUACAUUUUUUUGACACAAUUUUUUAAAAUUGAAUUGUUUUCAUUAAUUUAAAUAAAAGUAAGUGAGCGCAAAAUGACAUCCGCAGUUAUCGCAUUUCUGUUCUUGGAAGAAGAAAGUUCCGAGAAGGUUAAAAGAAAAAUUUUGAGAGAUUGCGGCGAUCCACUUGAGCUGCCCGAGACAGCUUUCAUAGCAUAUUAUCGCCUAAACAAAGAGGUACUUGACACCAUUGAAGGGCACUUGACACGUUCGAAAGUUCCACCAGUGCUGCAGUUAGCAGCUUCGUUGCGAUUUUUAGCAGAAGGAUCCUGUCAAAGAUCAGUCGGGAACGAUUCUAGCAUAAGUGUAGCCCGAAGCGCGGUGUCAACGAUUUUAGAUGAUGUGCUUAAGGUUAUGGAGCGGUUCAUUUGCCCUCAGUGGGUGAAACUAGAAAUGGACUGCAUCGAAAAGCGCAUAUCAAGAGACUAUUUUUACUUAAAGUACAAAAUUCGCUCAAUAAUUAGUUGCAUCGACGGGACACACAUAAAAAUCAUUAAGCCCAGUAUUGACGAACAUUUAUUUUAUAAUCGAAAAUAAUUCAGUAUGAAUGCCCUGAUUAUGUGUGAUGGUGACAUGAAAAUUCGAGCCGUCGAUGCACUCUAUCCCGGCUCUAGCCAUGACUCAUUCGUAUGGAACGUUAGUAGCGCCAGACAUUUUUGGAAAGCAUAAAAAGUGAUGAAUAAAAAUAUGAAUACAUUAACAAAUAUUUUUAUAAAAUAAACAUUCUUUUACUCACAUUUUUAUAAAAU